CAAGCCACUGAAUACAGCUUCUCUUGCCUUCACCCGUGACAGUUGGAUCCUGAUCUGUACACCGACAGCAGUCAGCAGCACCAACAAGCCAUGGCGAUGAGAAAUAUCUUGGUGUUCUCCAUCAUCUUCACCGUCGCUGCGCUCCUUGGUCUCAUUGUCAUCAGCCAGCCUCAAGCGCACACGUCCGUUCUCAGAGACGCCGACGACGAUGCUUUCUUCGCAGGGUCGCGCGAGCUCGCUCGGCAGGGGGAUCGGGACAUGAAGAGGAGUGGGCAGGCGAUGGACUCAGGAGACGUCCGACUGGCCAUGUCGUUGAGCAAGGAUGCUGCCCGCGCAUAUCAUAAGGCACUUGCCGACCGACGAUACCGCACUGCGAUGGCCGUGCAGAAGGAGCUGCAGGAGGCGCUCAAAGCGAAGGAGACGGAGAAGAUCGAAAGGAUGGACAACAUGCUGGAGAGAGCGGAAAAGAUCAGAGACGCUGCUGUGAGACGCGCUAACGCCUUGAAGGAGCAUAUCACACCUUCUACCAUCCUCCAAACCUCAGAUCAUGAAAUGCCGGCCAAGGACAAGUUGUCUGCUCAGAUAAAGCUGUUGAUGAAGAAUCAAAAGCUCAUUGGUAUCAAACCAACUCAAUUGGAUGAGGAUCAAUCCGAUUCUAGCCAACCUGUGCCCAAAGUGUUGGAUUGUGGACCAUUGGCGAAUGAUUGCAACACCAAGCAAGGAGGAGAGUAUUACAUCCACAAGCAGGGCAAGACCCAGCAGGAUCAGCCUCAAGCAUCGAAGUCUGAAACCUCCGAAGCGAAGGCCGAUGGGUCUCGAGUCUCGAUGCUCUCUGCGACUUCUCGUCGCCCCAAGAGCUUUUUCAGCGGCUUCAAGUUGUUGAAGCACGUGAGCGCAGCAGAGCGACAGCAUCAACGUGAAGCUCUUCUGAGCCCCAAGACCUCGCAAGGCAACUCCGAUCAGUUCCUCAAGUCCCUCGCCACUGGUUUCCUCACGCCUCGCGCACAUACAAGCUCGAAGGGAAUGAGGGCGAUGAGAGGGCAAGAGCUGUACGAGGGCUCCAAGAAGCUUUCGGUCCUCGCGCAGAUGAACGACCUCGACGUCGAACAGGCGAAGCUGAACAAGCAACGAGAAGAUCUCAUCCGAUCCCACCUGAGUUCCGCCAAGGAUCACACGAUCCUGGUGGAUCGCAUGGUGAUGCAGUGGGUUCCUCGCGGAAUGCUCGCCAUCCCUUCCUCGCUCAGCUUCACUCCCGUCGACGCUUCGGAGAAGUCCAACGUGAAGGCAGAGGAUGCCAACAAGAUUCGCGUCGCUGCCUCGGGAGUGUCCCUGGAGGAAGCGUUAGGGGAGGUGAACAAGCAGCAGGUGGCCAUUAACAAGAACCGCCUGGUCCUGAUGCAGCAGAUUCACACGUCCAACCCGAACACGCUCAUUGAGGAGGCGGCAAAGGCGGGAGAGGCAGUUCCAGUUCUAGUCCAGCUGCCCUCGACUCCUGAGGACAAGGCGAAGGAUCUGAAGAGGAAGCUGUUCAAGAAUCACUUCGACGAAGCGACCAAAGCCUUCGAGGCCGCAAACAGCGCCUUCAAGGUUGCAGCGAAGGGGGGAGCCGCAAAUCCAGUGGUGGGCAAGACUGAAGUGAGCAAGGAGAGUCACAAGGCCGAGACUGUCGCUGCUGUGCCUGUGGCUGCAGCUGCUCCUGCUGCCGUCAAGAAGUCUCAUGUAGUCCAGUCGGCCUUGCCGCAGGAGCCCAAGAAGGUCCAGACAGAGGAGAAGAAGCCCGAGGAGGAGCAUGCGGCUAAAAGCGCAGAGAGCAUCAAGAAGUCUUCGAAAGCUGAAGAAACUCAGGAGAAGAAAAAAGGGCUGGUCACGUACGAUGCGGUGAAGGCUGCUCAAGAUCUCACCGGGUUCUUCGAUGACCUCAUCGCUAAGAGAGUCGCUGUUGGAGGGGGCCACAAGUCCUCGCAGGCUGAAAAGACUCACAAGCAUCAACUCUCUGGGCUCGAGCUGGAGAGGAAGAAGGAGGACGAUCUCAUCUCGAAGCAAGAGCAGGAGGACAUCAGUGUGGCGCAGCUGGAGAAGGAGCGGCAGUACGUGAUCAAGAGCGGGCAGCCAGCGGCAUACGUGGGGAACGAGCUCAAGCACAAAUCUGCGGAGGAGUCCAGGAAAGAGCUCAAUGACUUCUAUAACAGUCUCUCGCACUAAGGACGAGAAGUGGGUCAGGAUCGUGCCAUUACUAGGAGACACUGCUGAGGCUGUAAAGCGUUUCAGCUCGUCUCAGCUUAACUUUAGAAACAUCCAGUGAAAGUUUGCUACUUCU